AUGUGUUCGCUGGCAAUCCGCUGGACCGGGGCGAGGUUGAACGCCGGGACGAGGCUUGGAUUGCCGACCAGGCCCGGGACCCGGGGAGUCGCUUCCUGCCCAUGCGCCGGGCCGGGGGUGCUGGUCAACGCCGCCGCCACGGGCAACGGCGAGCCGGCGCUGGGCUGGCUGAGCUGGUCCGACCUGGAACCCCACGUCACCAGCACAUCGCCCCUGCUGCUGGGGAUGGAAAACGGCACGACCUACUUUGCCAUCGACCUGACCAGGGAUGAGUCCGCUGCCGCCACCGUGGAAGCCCAGGGCGACUACCGGUUCGAGGAGGCCCGAUCCGCCGCCGAGAACCUGCUCAGCGGACCCGAGGCCGCCAUAAUGGCCCAAGGCCGGGCCCAGGUGAACUGGCACAACCGCCACGGUUUCUGCUCCGUAUGCGGACACGCCACCGAGAUGAGGCGAGGCGGGCAAAAGCGGGAAUGCACCUCGUGCAAGGCUGAGCACUUCCCCCGGACGGACCCGGUGAUCAUUAUGCUGGUCCACGACGGCGAACGGUGCCUGCUGGGCCAGUCCCGGGGCCGCUUGCAGGCGAUGAACCGCUACUCCGCUUUGGCCGGUUUCAUGGACCAGGCCGAGGCCAUCGAGGAGGCCGUGGCCCGGGAGGUAAUGGAGGAGGCCGGCAUUCGGUGGUUUGACCGCUCGGAGGUGCUGCUGGCCCUGGAGGAGAAGAGCGAGAAGCUGCGGCUGCCCGGCCCAAUUGCCAUUGCCCACCACCUGAUCAAGGCCUGGGCUUACGGGGAGGUCAUUUAA